AUCCCAGAUAUAUCGAAUCGAGCGAGAACGAGUCGUGGAUUCGUCAUCGUCGCACACACCAUAGGCGUUUUACCGAUUCCAACGCCUAUCGGAAAAUCGAGCGAGAACCGACCGAAAAAUCCGAAAAAAAAUAACACAAAACCCAAACGAUGUGUUCAACAAAGUGAUAUAUUAUUUUAUACAACGUCGAGUUCGAGUUCUUCGUUCGAUCCAGCGGUAUUCGAAGAUUAUUUCGUGAAUAUUUUGCGAAUUCCGGUUUCGGGCGGGCUGAAAUUUUUGUUAAUACGAUAGUCUCAGGUGAUUGCAGUGCGGGAGAAUUGUGUGUGAUCCCGGUUUUCUGAUCUAAGAUACAUCACCAUGGCUCAUCUAGUUACCAGCGUAGCUGAAAAAUAUUACGAUAUAUUCGAUAAGCAAAGUGACCCAAGGGUGAAUGGAUGGUGGAUGAUGUCUAGUCCUGUUCCAACGUUACUAAUAUGUAUAUUUUACGCGUAUUUCUCCAAAGUUUUAGGGCCAAAGUUAAUGGAAAAUAGGAAGCCGCUGGACCUUAGGAACGUGCUAAUAGUGUACAAUUUCGUUCAAACGUUAUUCAGCGCGUGGAUAUUUUACGAAUAUUUGAUGAGCGGUUGGUGGGGAAGCUAUAGUUUUAGGUGUCAACCAGUAGAUUACUCGAAUAAUCCCGUAGCGUUAAGGAUGGUCAGGACGUGUUGGUGGUAUUAUUUUUCGAAAUUCACGGAAUUCCUCGAUACGCUGUUCUUCAUUUUGCGGAAGAAAAACAGCCACGUAUCGACGCUUCACGUCAUCCACCACGGCUGCAUGCCCUUCUCCGUAUGGAUGGGCCUGAAAUUCGCUCCUGGUGGCCACAGUACGUUUUUCGCAUUACUAAACGCCUUCGUCCACAUCAUCAUGUAUUUCUAUUACAUGGUCGCCGCCAUGGGUCCAAGAUACCAAAAAUACAUUUGGUGGAAAAGAUAUUUAACGACGCUUCAAAUGGUGCAGUUCGUGGCGAUCUUCAUGCACCAAUUCCAACUGUUGUUCGUCGAUUGCAACUAUCCCAAAGGCUUCAUGGUGUGGAUAGCGUUGCACGGCAUCAUGUUCCUCUUCUUGUUCUCCGAUUUCUACAAAGUCAAGUACACCGGCAAAAAGGCUGUGAAAAGUAGCGAACGCAACGGAGCGUGCAUGCCGGUGCUGGAGGACGAAGCACCGAACGGCAUCAAGAAAUCGAGCAGCAACGGUACACUGAACAACACGUACAUCAGGAGCGAGUACACCGAUUCGUACGAGGCUUGCUAUUCGAACGGAAGCACGAAAGGAUUCGUGACGCAAUCGAUCGCCAAGUUGAACGGCAAAAAAAUCGAAUAGGAGGCGCCCGGAACGAGAGAAUCGAUACGCGUUAAACGAAUAGUGUUUUUAUAGUAAUGUUUAAUUUAAAUUUACAACAACAAAAAAAAUCGUCCGUUUCCUGUCACUCGAAAUUGCACUACACUCGAUCGCUGUACUCGAAAAUCUAUUUGUUUCAACGAUUAUUGUCCAAUAAUCGAUUGCUGAUUGAUUAGUGUUUGAGUAUAGUUGAUUGUACAAUUUUGGAGCUUCCACUGUAUUAACUUUUAGUCUGCCGUAAGGUUGAAUUACCGUUUAAAUAAAUCCGAAAGUCUUCUGAAACAUCCUUAAAGCGUAUUUAUACGACAAAUUCCAGCUCGACGGCAUUUCGUUAUUUCGACAAAAUUUCAAAAUAUUGAUGUCGAGUGGACAUUUGUCGGGGAAAAACCAAAUGGGCUUUAACGAUGAGAAAAUCAAAGUCAAAGGGAAUUGGAAAUGGGCGAUUCGGUUAGGCGUUAUGUCAAAAAGCAAUUCGUGAAACUUCGAGAUCCGGUGACGCACUUGUAUCGCGAUUUAUAUGUGAAAACGAGCUCUUAUUUUUUUUAUAUUAUAUUCCUAACUAUUUUGAAAAGUUUAUUUACUCGGGGCGGGAAUAUCGAAUUCGGUUAGAUCUGAGAGGGUUCAUUUAAAACGCGUGUUUCUUUGUUCGUGUAUAUCUAUUAAUAACCAUUAGUGCCUCGAUGCUGAAAAAAAUGGAAUAAUUCGUUGGAUUUUAAAGCGAAUGCGCACUGGGAAAUUUCUCAAUGAAUUAUUUCCACGUAGCUUUAGUGCUUUUUGUACGUUGUUGAAGGUUGUUUGCACAAUUUUUUUCUUCUCUUACGCCAUUAUGUUGUACUUACACGUAAAAAAUCAUCGGUGAAGGGCGUGGAUAUGUGUGUGGCAAUGGUUACCUAUCUAUAAAUCUAAUAUGAAUAAAAAUGGCCUGUCUAAGGUAAAUUUUGGCGAAUUCGAUAGUACUUAAUAAGAAUAUCAAGCGAGGUGUUGGUAAGCCCAGGGGCGGAUGGGUCAAGGGGGUAAUUUACAUCUUAUUCGUAGCUAAAAAUGGUUCAAGUUGGUUAAUUUGGCUACGUCCCUGGGAAUUUUUUUUUUGGUAAAAUAUCACAUUUUUUGAAUUUCAUGCGUCAGAAAAAUUAUGUAGCAAAUCCAAAAAUGUUUCGAGAUACCGUGGAAACAUCAAACAUCACUCCAUUUACGCCACGGCCGAGUCUCCGUUGUUUUUUAGAUUUUCCCGUACACUUCAUUUCUUAAUACUAUUAUAUUACCGUUUAAUUCUAAAAAAAUCUUGUAUAUAUUUGUUGAGUAAGAUUAUUUAGGCUACGAAAUUGUAUUUUUGUAUAUAAAAAAUAAAAUGAUACGUUUUA